GUAUAGCUUGGAUUCAGCUAAUAUUACGUUGUCUAUUAAUUACAAUAACUUCACAAUUCGAGUAGUAGAUGCCCUUAUCCAAAAGGAUAACUGCUCCUCUUUUCCUCGCCAUUCUUUGAACCUUUUCUAUAAUCGGUAUUGGGCUAUUCGGGGUUCUUGGCCAGGAGUUGACUAUUCUGAGGCUGAUUACUAUCAGAGCCUAGUUUUGGUGAACUGUGAACAUCGAAUGCUGGAUUCUCCACUUUAUGUAGAUACUCAUCCUUGCAUCAAUAGCACGUAUUAUUCAGGUUAUUGGUAUAUAUGCUUAGCUCAUCGAUCUCUUAUGGUGAUGGGAAUGGAUUUGGUGGAUUCUUGCCGUGUUGAGCAGAUAGUUAUGGCAUCUUUUCUGCCAAAAGAAGCGAUGGACAUUUCAUAUCUGGAUGUUCACCGCAUUAUGUCAUAUGGGUUUGAGAUGUCAUGGUUUGGGGCUUGCUGUGACAACUAUGAGGAAAACCGCUGCAACCUUGACAUUGCCAGCAUUAAGGAAUACUGUUACAGUACGUUUCAUUUCCAUGGCCUCCAUUUCAAGUUGGGUUUGAAUGGUUAUUAUGAUUGUAAAUCAGUUCUGGUUCAAAACUGAAUUGUGACCAAGUCUAAUUAGGACUCAUUUAACCAAUAAAAAAUUGCGUUUUGGGUGAUCUUUUUUAUCCCCUA